AUGACGCCGCCUCGAAAGCCUCCUCCCAAACCUCCUCCGAACGCCAAGCAACCUCCUCCUCCUCCUCCUCCUCCUCAAAAUCAAGCAUCUCCUUCCUCCAGUGCUCCUCCUUCCUCCAUGACGGACCCAGCCGUUGAAAGCACUCCUCCUCUCUUCGGAACUUUCCCAGACGUUGCCAGCACUCAAGCAUCUUCCACCAUGGCCCAGCCUCCAGCAUCUUCUACCAUGGCCCAGCCUCCUAAACUUCCCCAAAACUCAAAUCCUGCGAACGCCAAGCGAGGUCCUCCUUCCCCAGCUGUUGCAAGCGCUCUUCCAGCCUCCGAAAAGAAUCUCAAUCCAAAAGAAACCGUUUCAAGCAGCAAUCCGCGCAAUUCGAGCAACUUGACAAUGGCGCCGCCUCCUUCUCUAAACGUCUCUAGACCUCCUCAUGAGCACCGGAAUUCAAGUCAGCCUCCUGUCGCAAGAACAUCAUCAUCUCAAUCGAGCAGUUGGUCAGCCGUUGCCGUGCCAAAUUCCAACAAAAAUCACAACAACAAGUUUGUAACCGUUGACCGCAAGCAGAAUAAUCGAAAAUACAACAAGUCCAUGGGCGCAAAGUCUCAGCAUCACCAUCACCGUGGUCGGCGUGAGCAUCAUCAGAAUCGACCUCGUCGGGUUCACAAUCCUCAGCACCAUCAGCAACGGUCCAGUAAUCAUCAGCAACCCAACUGGACAAUGGCCGACCGUGAUUGGCGUCAGCAUGGACGGUCUCAACAGAAUCAAACCAAUUAUCGGCAUCCUCCUGCUCGAUCCCAGUAUGCAAGGGCUUCCUCUUCUCAGUCAAGGAGCACCAGUCAGUCAGCUGAUCGCGUCAACGAUGCAAGAGCUUCCUCUUCUCAGUCAAGGAGCACCAGUCAGUCAGCCGUUGCCGCGCCAAAGCACAACAACAAGAUCAAGUCCACUGGCAAGCAUGCUUCUUCGAAUAGCACGAGUCGGUCAGCUGAUCGCGUCAAACAGGGAACAGAUACAAGUCACCCCAGCCGACCAAUAGAUGCAGCCGCAGCCAUUCAACCUACACGUCCACCGACACGUCCCCUGCCACCCGUACACCCUCUACUACGGGAUAGGUGGAGUCCACCCCCUGUCGUGAGUUCUAACGCAAGUCCUAUGAUUCAAGAGCUUGCUCAUGCCCUCUUAAAUGGUACUCCCAACUUGCAAGUUUCACCUUCCGACCAAGCCACGGAGAACCUUGCCGAGACCAUAUUGGAGAGCCAAGACAAUGCCGAAGACAAUACCCUCAUCAAGGCUACUGUGGAAGCUGGAUCCACCGCCUCCCAACAUGAUUCCAAGACAGAUUCCUUGGAUCCUUCAAAAGAUGCUAGCACUUUGGAUCCUUCCGAAACGGCUUCUUUGGAUCGCACCAAGCCUGUGUCAGCGAAUAUGAAGUCUCUCCAGUCCCGGCAUGGUGGUUUGCAUCGUUUUAUCAAUGAGUCUCCUGCUCGUGACAACCGAAGUCGCCCCCCUCUACAAAAUAGUCCUUCCCCCACAAAGGACUCGGCCAUUGUAACCACGCCCACCUGCCUUCCUGUGGACAGAUCCAAGUUGCCCAACAAGUCUCCCUUUGUCACAACUCCAAGACCUCACUCACGACCGGCAUCGACAAAUAAUCCAGCAUCAUUCUCUAUGAAUGGAUUGCAAACCAUUACAAACAGCAAUCGGCUGACCAGCUCGGCUGUGAAUCAGUCUCCUGCUCCUGCCAACCAAAGCCGUCUUCCACAACCUUCCUUCAUGGACCAGCAAAGACGUCCUCCUCUAAGUCCUUCCCCUACAAAGGACUCGCCUGUUGUAACCACGCCCACCCGCCUUCCCGUGGAAAAACCCAAGUCGCCCGACACGUCUCCCUUCGAAGCAAGAGCAGCCCCAUUGCCGGAUAGCUCGAGUCGGUCAUCUCCCCAACAGGGAACAGAUACUACAAUCAAUGGAGCAAGCAAGCCGGAUGCAAAGCCUCCAAGUCGAAGUCGAAAUCUUUUGUCGAAUGUUGCCACGACAGUGACCGGUGCACUCCAAGCUGCUACUCCCAAUUUGGUGGGGCAACGGCUUCUUGCAUCCGACCCAGCGAGCCCCACAAUUCAAAAUCCUACCAAUUCAGGUUCGACUUUGAAUUCUCUCCAGUCCCGACGUGGCCAUUUGCAUCGUUUUAUCAAUACUGUCCGAGCUUCAUCCAGGCCAGCCCAACCUGCUGCUGUGUCGACCACUUUGGGCCGGCAACCAACUGCCACGUCGGGCAAUGUUGAUGGAACGACGACCACCAUCUCCCAGCUAGAUCUCCCUGUGCCACAGCUAGGUCUCUUGGAGCCAUCAACUCCACCACGGGUAUCUCGCAUUGGGUCCUUUUCUCCCUGCCCAUUUGACUCUGACUUCCCCGGCAUCUCUGGGCUGCCACAUCCACCACCACCACCACCAACGAACAUCUUGGACAACCCAGCUGCACUGUUCGAUCUGUUCAAUCGCCCUUCCUCCGAGCAGUCAACCAUUUCUUCUGAUUCAGUCCGAGAUGUCGAUUCGGUCCGAGAUACUACUGUUGAUGGAAACUCUAUGCACGGAGGCAACAACACGACUUCUCAUCUUCUGGGUGGCUUUUCCUUUGAAGAGGGAGCCGAUGUAUCGAUUAAUACUUUUGACCUGCUUCCAUCGAGCACUCUUGGCAGCUCGAUGAAUGAUUCCACCGUGGACAUGUCAGCUUCUGGAACCAUUUUGGAGAGCCAAGACGAUGCCGAAGCCGAAUCUUCCAAACCUGUAUCGACCGCACAAGUUGGAUCCUUUGCUCCAACACGACGAAGUCGGCGUCGGCGUCGCCAAAAGCGUCGGGGCCCUAAAGGAAAAAUCAAUUUGGAUCACAUCAAAUCGGUCACCCCUGCAGAAGCAAUCCUUGCGGAGACAGAAGCAUUCUUUGCAAAGAAAACCAAGAACGAUGCACCCACAAAAGUAGCUCCCCCAACCCAAGGCCCGCUACAACUGCCGAGCCAAAACAAUACUGUCCCAGAUUCUGCUGCUGCCAAGCCUGCCACGACUGCCACACAUCUUGUUGGUGAUGAGACUUUGCUUAUUGUUGGAGAUACCCUGAGCGACACCGAUGCUGUCACUAAAAUUGGUGAAGAGACUAUGUGGAUUGUUCGAGAUGAGAUGACGGAACAAGAAUGGCCCGUACAGCAACAUGAUGCAGUGGCAGUUAACCGCUCUGGCCCUGGUUUAGGACUUGACCCUUCCUCCGAGCAGUCCAUGGACACUGCAGGAUAUCUCGAGCGUUUCUUUUCCACGCUGGAUGGAUCGACUGAUACUUUGGAGCCUCUUGGAGAAAAUGUUGGUGGCAACAACACUACAAUGCGUCUUUUGCAUGGAUCGACUGAUACUUUGGAGCUUCUUCGAGAAAAUGUUGGUGGAUGGAGCAAUUUUGGCAGCUGGAUAAGUUUUGGAAAUCUUCCUGGAAAUUUGUCCUUUGCAUCAGGCGCGAACCACACCAUGAAUGAUACCUCCAUGGACAUGUCAGCUUUGUUUCCCACAGAUUUUGAUGCUUCUCAAAAUGGACGCCGUCGCCAAAGAGUGGAGCGUUCCCAAAAUGUCCAGGAUGAAGAAGAUUUAGAAACUUCUCCUUCUCCCACCAAACGCAGGAGGGCUUCAGAGCCAACAGCUCAUCCCAGAAACAACCCACCGUCCCCUCCAACACUGAACCGACGUUCACCUGAACCGUCACCUCCUGUGAGGGAUGAACUCCAGGAAGCAUUAGAAAGAUUUCUUCAAUCCCGCGAACCACAAUCGGAGCCACGCAUUCCGCCACCAAGGACUUCUAGAUUGCUAAAUCCACGCGAAUUCGAUUUCAGCAUAUUCGAUUCACCUCCGCGCGCUCGAACUCGAGGACGAAAUCGGUGGACUUCUAGAUCGAUAAGGCCAGGCGAUCUUGAUUUCAGCAUAUUACAUCGAUGGAAUCUUGAGCUUUCUGCUCGUCCGACAGCUGGUACUUUGAAAGCAGCACCUGCUGCAACGGCUCCUGCUACUUUGAAAGCAGCACCUGCACCAGCACAGCCGACAACACCAGCAACAAGAACAACUGUUGUCGAGGACAAGGAAGAUGGUGACGACUUGGAAGAUGCAGAAAGUGGCGACGCGCUUCCGACAGCAGCAGCAGCAGCAGCACCAACAACAAGAGAAAGUGGCGACAGGGAUUCUUUGAAUGAUUCGGCGAACCUGCAUGUCUCUGCCACAUCAACAGAGGAGCAACAUGAACGUUCUUCAAGUUUGGAGUUCAGCUCUUUCACUUCGAAUGACGAGCAAUCUGAAAGCCUGGUCAAUUCGAAGAGUCUGACACCCAACCAACUUUCACCUCCUGUGAGGGAUGAACUCCAGCAGAAUGAAAGUUCUUCAAGCUCAAAUUUGGACUUCAACUCUUUCAAUUCAAACGAUGAUCCACUUGUGGGCAGUGAUAUUCCACUCAUGCCCGAAUCCCCUGUUGGCAACCUGGAUGAAUCUAUUGAUUUUGAGAAGACACCCGCCCGUGCCUUGGUUGAAGGAUCCAAUCCACGAAUCUCUGAUGUAUCUGGAAUCACUCAUGUUUCUGAUAUCACUCAUGAUAACCACAAGACCGAUGACGAAACUCUGGAGCAUGACAAGACAUCAUCAAUGGACAACGAGGACGUGGGCGAAAAACCAACUGCCGACGACAAAGACAAAGGUCAGGAGACAUCGAACGACACCAACGCAUCGGCCGCAAAACCAACUGCAAAGCCUGGAUACCUUGGGCCAGGUGGAAAAAAUCCUCGGAAACGUCAAGCUUCCCCUUCCCCAGCAUUACAACAACGACCAGUCGUGCCUUUGUUGGGUCUCGAGGAAAACGAGGGUGGUCCACCCGACGACAACAACAACAGCAGAAGCGAGCAUAUUGAUGGGGCCACUUCAGGAGUUGCUGGUAGAUUGGGAGGCACAGCAUUUGCCUCUUGGGAUGCUGAUGAUUCAGAACAAACAGUCAAUCCACCAAAAAGAAGGCGACUUGCACUCACUGGUCAAGUACAAAAUCUUGAUGGGCCUCCUCCGGCACGCAACCCACCACAACAACCAUUGAAUUCUGAUCAUUUGAAAAAGCCUUCGUUCGUGUUCCGAAAACUCAAGUCUAAGCACAACUUCAAUCCCCGAAAGAAGGAUGACAGCGAUUCAGAAGACAGUGAUGACGAUGACAACGGAACACGCAUGCAUGGCCACAAAGCCAAAAGACCAACGGAUGGAGCUUCCCGAAGAGUCAAGUCUCAUCACAAAGACAGUGACGACGAUGGCAGUGAUGAGGAUGACAGCGAUGAUGAGGGUGACACUCCCAAAUCCGGAUCGAAUGGCGCCCCCAAGGAUUGUCGCGUAGGAAAGAAGAGACCGGAUGGAGAUGAUGAUGAUGACGAUUCCAGUGACGAUGAUGACACUCCCAAAUCCGGAUCGAAUGGCGCCCCCAAGGAUUGUAGCGUAGCAAAGAAGAGACCGGAUGGAGACGACGAUGAUGACGAUUCCAGUGACGACGAGGACACUCCCAAAUCCAGAUCCGGAUCGAAUGGCAACCCCAAGGAUUGUAGUGAUGAUGAUGAUGAAGAUGCGUCUGGAUCCAGAGCACCCAAGGAUGGUCGUAAUCCACUGGAAGAUGACGAUAACGAGCCAAUGGAUGGCACCAAGUCUAAUGACGAGCCAAUGUCCCUGCCAGAUGAUAGCCGUGCCGUUUCUGCAACCAUGGAUGACAACAGUUUUGCACGUGCAAUCGAAAGUGCCUUGGGCAGUGCAACUGAUCCUUUGACCGAUCAAAACAACAAGUCUUCUAGUGAUGACCUUCACGACAGUGACGACCUUGUCACUCCUGGAGGUGGUGGUGACAACCAAUCUUCUGGCUCCAACAGCGAUACAGAUGCACCAGCAUCCGGUUCCGGAUCUACCAACAGUGAUGAUGCAGAUGCACCAGCAUCCGGUUCCGGAUCCACAAACAGUGAUGACUUUGGCACUCCUCUGGGAGCUUCGGGUAGCUUCGAGGUUCCUGCUACAGACGACGCCGGCACUGAAGCUAUUUCGGACGAUAACAAUGCUAGAGCAAGUGCCUUGGGCAGUGAAGCUGAGCCAUCGACACAGGCACCAGCCUCCGGACCCAGUGACGAUGACAGGCAAUUGGAUAGCCGUGAGUGGCAAGCAAUGAAGGACGAGCAGAGUAAGACAAAGGAACUGGAACGAAUUGGGGCAGGUGGAACACCUAAGCCAUGUUUCAAAGAAAGAUUGUCAAAGCUGAAUGACCUGCAUGAUAAAAUGAAAAAAGAGCUGCGAGAGCGAAAACGACUUCGGAAAGGACGUGAUAAAGGCCGUGGGAACGGGCUACCAGCCUGUUGUCAGGCUUAUGCUCGACAUGAGGAUUUGUGUAGGUUGCUAGUACCAGGUGUGAUUGUGCAAAUCAGGUGGGAUGCUCAGCAAUCCAAGUGGUUGAUCGGAUAUUAUGGUGCAACCGGUGACAUCAUGGAGUACCAUCUUAGCGAUCAGUGCAUCCAAUUCUUGUUGAUGCCAAGAGCUUACCGGCUGAUUCAGGAGAGCAUCCAACAGAAUCCAGGUGGCUGGAAGAACGUUCCGGUUGAAUACCAGUAUCUGUUUGUGAGGACUCUGACAUUCACCAAGUCACGACCAAGAGCCGAUGGAGGGGUGGAAAUGCAAGACUGCUCUACUAGUCAAGCUGCAGACAUCAAUGUGUCCUACGACGCACAAGACAAGUUCUGCAUGAAUGCAGAGUGGCAAAAAGCUGGUGACACUGUCGAGGCAUUGUCCAAAGAUUUGAAAGAGGACAUUGACAAGCGAAGAGAAGCGCAGGAUCCAAUCUUUCGCCUCAUGAAGGUGGGCUGUGCUGCACCAACUGAAGAUGUGGACUUGGACUUCUUCCAGGGAAAAGGUAAUCAACGGGUGGAGCUCGAGUUUGUCCAGAAACGAAACGCACAGACAUGCAUAGCAUGUACCGCUGCUUCUUUGGUCUAUUUGCUUGGGAUGACAAGGAAAGCAAAGAAACUAUUUGGCCGGUUGAUCAAACAGCUUCGUCUUGCCCAACAGGCGAGCGGUUCUGAGUACUUGACAUUUUCUGAAGAAUUCGUGAGCAAGAGCGUUGGUAUCAUCUGUAGCACAUUGGAUUGCGCACAGGUUGCUUUGUCAGACCCAGAGUUCGAUCCACUCGAACACCCCACGAAUCACCCAGUCUUGGUCAAGCUUAGAACAGACAACUGUCAGCAUGUUGUCGCAUUCUACGAUGGCAUUCUGAUUGAACCUUCCCUUGAACAUGGGCUCAAGAUCACGAAGAAGAACCUGGAUUGGGUGUGCGGUGGUACCACCGGUGACUACAAAGGCAUCGACUGGGCAUUCAAGUUGGAGAUCAAGAAAAUUGACGAGUAA